GUUUCUCUUAUUAAAUAUAUUAUAUUAUAAAGAGAUAUAUUUAAAACUAUUUUUUUAAUUAUUUUUUUGUAGUAAAAAAUUUUUUCAAGUAAUAUUAAUAAAAAAAAAUAAUUGAAAUAAUAGUAAUAAUAAUAGAAUUAUAAUAAUACAAAUGUCAACAUUAGGUUCACAAGUUUCUUCUAUUUUAAACCAACUUUCAAAUGAAUCAAUUGAUAAAAUUUCAUUAGAAAAUGCCAUUAAAAGUUUUGACUUAUUAAUUGGAAAGCAUAAAGAAUCACAAAUUUCAUCAGCGUUUAGAGAUUCUGUAACAAAAUGGAUAGAUAAUAAUAAUAAUAAACAAGAUAUUUCAAGUAAAAUCGUAGAGAACUAUUUAAAAUUUAUUCAUCAAUCAACUUUAUUUAAAAAAUUAAAAUUAAAUGAAUUUAUUGAAUAUAUUAAAUGGUCAGAAAGUGAUGAUAGGUUAAGAGGCGAACUUGCAAUAAAUAUUCUAUGUUCAAUGGAAGGUUAUUCAUAUUUCAAAAAUUUUGAAAAUGCAUUGGAAUUUUUAUCACAGUUUGAUUAUUUUAAAUUAUCAAUAACUACUGUUGACAAAGUUAAUAAGUUUUUAGAAAUUUUAUUAGAAGAAGAUUCAAACUAUAUUAACAUAGAAUAUAUCCCAAUGAUAGAAAACAUUGUCAGUAGAAUUUACUCAUCAAAUAUUAGUGUUUUAAAACCCUCACCAAGAAUUUUUAAUUUUCUAUUAAACUUAUCAAAAAUCUCAGUAAAUGAAAUAGAAAAUCACAAAAAGUUCAUUCCAAUGCUACGUUCGCUUUUGGCAAUUUUAGCAAUUAAAUCACCAGUAUUUUCAAAACUAAACAAAUUUAUUUAUAGAUUAAUUCACAUUAUUUGUGAAAUACCACUUUCAAAUUAUUCAUUUGAAAAAAAGCAAUCGAUUUUUAAAAAUCAUUACUCUUCAAUGAUUCCAUAUAUUUUUGAACACUUUUCAAACUGUAAAGAUGACAUUUAUAAAUUAAAAUACUUAUUUGGAGAAGUUGUAGAAGCUUUUUCAUAUCAACAUCUUUUAACUCUAAUACAAAGCAAUAGAUUUGAUAAAGUAACUUUAAAUAUUAUUCAGUCAUUAUUACCUGGUCCAACUUUAGAAAAAAAUAUUAUUUCAAUUUUUAACUCAAUUGUUUGUUUUAUUAAUUGCGAUAUACUUAGAGAUGAUGCAUAUAAAUUAUUGGAACACCAUAUGCCCAACUUUACAAGAUAUUUACCAGAACUACAUUCAAUGGUUUUACCAUUGAUUUACAAACAACAAAAGAAUUUCCCAAUUACAACCUUUAAAACUUAUUUCAAGAGCCAUGAAUUAUUAACUCUAUCCCAAUUCCCAGUUCUAUUUAAAAAUUUAUCAAAAACCAGAAUUGAUAUUAUUAAUCAUACCUUGUUGACUCAUAAUAAAGAAAUUAUUGAAACACAUUAUGAAAAUUUCAUUCCAAUGCUUUUGGAAGUUUUACUUGACCCAUCGAUUGAAAGACCUUAUUAUGUAAUUCCAUCGAUCGGUUCAUCAAUUCAAGCAGUUGGAAGAAAUGAAUUCUUUGAUAAAGCAGUUCUCACCAUUUCAAACUUUUUAUUCUCAAUGAGAGUAAUGAAAUUGGACAAUUAUGACUAUUCUCAAAUUGGUGAAAUUGUUAUGGGUCUCUUUAAGAUAUAUAAAGCUUAUCAAAAGGAAUAUGUAAACCUUUGGAAUUUAGGUAUUAAUACUUUUAUCCAUUAUCUUAACAAUACUCAAGGAACAAUGUAUUUAAUUCCAUUUGCAAAACAAAUUUUAGAAAAAUAUCCAAUAGAUUCAAUGCCACAUGGUAAACAAAUGGAAGAAAAAAUCUUAAUGAAUUUCGAAAUUAUUCUAAAUGUAAAUUCAAAUAGUAAAAACUACAAAGAAACCGAAGAACACUAUUCAAGACUAUUUAUUAAACUAUCAACUGUUAAAUUCUUUAAUUUCAUUAUCAACUAUAAUUUGAAACCACCUUCAACACCACAAUCCAAUUCAUCAGCUACAACUCUUCAAAAGAGUCAAUCUAUCAACUCAUUUAGCAACUCUGCAAAUGCCUCACUUCAUAAGAGCCAGAGCAUUACUUUAAUUCAAAGUAGCAAUCCAAGUAGCAACCUUACAAAGAGUUCUAGUUUAUCAUCUGCCCAAUCUUUGAAAUCAUUCACCCAAGCUCCAUAUGUUCCACAUAAGUUUGACUACAAAAAAUUCAUUAGCUACUUAAAAGAAAUUAACUUAAAAUUCAAAAACCAUUCUAUUAAUGUUUCAAUUUUAGAAAUAUUUACAAAUUUACUCCGUGAAUUUGGUAAAAUCAAAGCAAUUGAAAUUUUAAGUCUUGUAGAAAUCACAGAAUUAAUUAAAUUUUACAAUUUAAACAACUCAAUAAACCUUCUACAACCUAAAGAUAAUCAACUAUUCAGUAUAGAAACCAUUGGCAAAGAUAUUAAAGUUUUAUUCCAACAACUUGGUUCUGAAUCAAAGUCAUUUAUCCUCCACUAUUCAAAAUCCUUCAUUAGGGAAAUGGUAAUUAAUCAAAAUGACCAAAGUACUGAUGACCAACUUAUUUCAAAUACAAGAUUUAGACAUAUCAAACAAUUCUUUGACUUUGUAAUUCCUUUGAACGGAGACUCAAUUAACAACUAUUUAAUGGAAUCUUUAAUCAUUUAUGAUAAAUUCAAAAAAGAACCAAACACACUCUUAAUGAAGUUAAUAAUGUAUUUAAUAGAAGAUGAGUCAAACUUCCCACUAAGUGUUACAAAUUUGGAUUAUUUAGUGUCAUUAAAAAAUAUAGAAAUAGUAGAAAAGAUUUGGAGUGUCUAUGGAAUAGAAAUUUUAAAGAAAUCAAAAUAUUUUGACCAAUAUUAUGAAUUGGUAACUAUUGGAGAAAAAGAAAAUUUCCAAUUAAAUUCUAGUAAUAAUGGCAUGAAUACACCAACAAGAAUAGGUCCUUUAUCCCCAAGACCCUCAGAUAAUAGGGAUUUAGCUUUAGAAUCAUCAGUACCAAAAAUUAAUGUCGUUGAAAAAUUGGUUGUCUCACCACCACCCCAAUCAUCAACCAAUGCUGCAUCUUCUUCAAAACCACCAUCAAAAUCUCCAAUUUUAAUAUCUUCAGCACCAGCAACAAGUUUAACUUCGGAAUUAGCCCAAGAUAAUGGUAAAGAAGUUUAUGAACGUUCAACAAAAACUAUUAUUACCAAGACAACAGUUACAAAAACAAGCUCAGACUCUUCAGGUGCUACAUCAUCAUCAGUAACAACAACAACAAAUGAAGAAGUAGUACACUCACCAUCAACUGCUUCAUUUGCCUCAAAGAUGAAUAAAUUCAUAAACGAACCACAUAAAACAACUUUAACCAAAACAACUACAACUACCUCCAAAGUUAAUGAUGAACCAAGUAAAACUUCUAGCAUCACCUCUACCCAAAGUAACACAUCUAAACCAUUAAAUGAGCAGAUUUAUAAACCAACCUUAAUCUCACCAAACAUAAGCUCCCCAGUUCAAUUAAAACCAACUCCAUCUAUAAGCUCUACUGCUGUUACAAGUUCAAAGGCUCCAUUAACCCCACCAUCGGUUGUUUCAUCAUCAUCUAUUCAAAUGAAUUCACCAUCUCUUUUAUUACCAUUACCAUCACCUCCCAUAACAACAUUAAUAAGAGAAACCAACUCAUCAAGUAAAUCUCGUCAAAUUAUUAAAUUAAAGAGAGCAGGUGAAUUGGAAAAUGAAUCUAUUCCAACUAUUAAAAUUGGUCCAACUCCAGGUACAGCAGGUCUAAGCACAAAACCUUGCCCACAACUAAAUGAAAAAUUCUAUUCAAUUAUUAUUGGCUACUAUAUGAAUGACCCAUUUAUUUCAAUUCAAAAUAAAAUCGAAACCCUUUCCACCGUUUCAAAAGAAUUUUAUGAAAUAUUGGCAAAUGAAAUAUCAAAUACUAAAAAUAUCUGUCAUUUAAUUAAAAGAAAACCAAAUAUCCAUUCAGAAUUUUCAUUAAUUAAAGGUAUUCCAAAUAGUUUCUUAAUGGACACAAUCACACACUAUCCACUACACUUCCUUAAUUCAAAAGAAAACUUAUUCGAUAAAGUACACACCCUAGAGAUUAAACCAAAGUCAUUAUAUAGCUUCGAAUUAGAAAAUCAAAACUCUAUUAGUUAUCCAUCUCUAAGAAACCUUAUAGUUACAACUAAUGUUGGAGAAAGUGUAAACCCACAAAAUGGAGAAGAGAUUACAAAUAAUAUUCUUAAAUCACAUAUUGGUCAAAUUGAAAGAUUAGAAUUGAACUAUAACUUCUCUGGUUUAUCAAGCGAUGGUGCAGAUUUAGAAAAAGAUUUAAUUGACACAUCAUUAUUAAACAUUGCUUCAAAAAGCACUUUUAUUAAGAAAGCAUCAAUUAACAUUAAAUCACUCAAUAGUAUUUCAGCAAUCGACAUUCUAUAUUCAAACUAUAUAAACAGCUCAUCAGUUAAAGAUAAAGUUUCAGUUGAAUUAAAUAUUGCAUUUUCAAAAUCUUGCAGAGAAUCAGGAGAACAACUAUCAUUAUCAACAAUCCCACUAAUCAAAUCUAUUGAAAUGCAUUACCCAGAAAAUGAUUUUAUUUUCAAGCACUCAGCUGAACACUACUCAAAUUUAGAGUUUUUAACUAUAAACUUAACAAAUUCAAAUAUCAGUCCAUUAACCUCACCAAAUGAAAAUAACUUAUCAAAAAAUCUUACAGGAGGACCAUCAUCACCACAAUCACCAAUCUCAACAUAUUUAAUGCUUUUAUUAAAGAGUAAAAAGAUUAAUAAUUUAAACAAAUUAUCUUUCAAAGCUAAUAAGAUUUCAUUAAUUAACCAAUUACUUCAACAAUGCUCAAUCGAAAACAACAACUGUAUCAAAACAUUAGAAAUUGAAUUGGAUUUGGAUACAAGCACAAUUUAUUAUGACCAUAUGUCAAUUAUCAGCGGUGACUAUUUUGCAAAUGAUUUAAACCAACUAUUAUUGAUCUUGGAAAAGAACCAUUCAAUAGAAAACCUUAUCAUCACCUAUACAACAAAUCAUAACUUUAAUCAAAUGAUAUUUAUGGAAAAAGAUCAUUGGAACAAAGUUACUCAAAUAGGCAAAACUUUUAAAGCAAAGAGAUUAAAAUCAUUAAAUUUAUUCGGUAGAUCAUUAAAAGCAUAAUCGCAUUAUGCAAAUAAAAAAAAAAAAUAAAGAAAAAAAAAAAGAAUAAAAAAAUUUUUUAUUUAAAAUUAUAAUCAU